AUGAUGCCGAUCCGUGCUCUGCUCCCCUUUAUGCUGGCCACCGUAGCGAUAGCAUCACCAGCAACGCUCGUCACUCGCCUAGAGCUGGUAACGGCCCAAACCAUUCAACAAGAUGUCAUCAACAUACACAACGGUGUGGAAUCCCUCCGCAAGCAUGUUUCUGCCUACAACGGAGAGCCGUUGAACUCAAUCCCGCUCGCUGGAGACUUCACAGCCAUUCAUCUCGCGAAUCGCAAGGGCUUCGCCAAUGCCAACAUUCGACAGACAGAUUUUACUGCGGAGGAGUCCACGGCAAUUGUUCAGACAGUGAUUGAUACUGUCGGUGUCUCCAUACCGGCCAGUGUAGACGUCACGAAAGCCAAGAAGCCAUUGUUUGACGAAGCUGGUCUCAGUCCGGUUAUCUUAGGAGCGUUGGUCGUUCUGCUGGAUGAUCAUGAUACUUUUUCGGCGGCUGUUCAGGAAGACUUGUCUGCAGACUUGGUAAGAGGGCAGGAGGUUGUUGAUAAGAUCCAUGACGCUAUUCAGGAUGGCAUUGAUUUCUACAGUGCCUAG